AUGAACAAUAAUGACCCAGAAAAAGCCCCUGGCGAAGCGACACAAGAACCACCUCCACCUCCACCUCCACCUCCACCUCCACCACCGUCUCCAUACAGCAUCUACACAGCGCGCCAGAAACUCCUCAUCGUAGCGAUAGUCUCGGUAGCAGCAACCUUCUCAGGGUUCGCAGGGAACAUCUAUUUCCCCGCCAUCCCCAGUAUCUCAGCGGACCUAGGUGUCUCGGCGGAGCUAGUGAAUCUGACUAUCACGUCGUACAUGAUCUUACAAGGGCUAUCGCCUUCGAUUUGGGGUGCCGUGGCUGAUGUAAGAUUUCUUUUUCGAUAACCCAUUUAUUUGGGAAAUAUAUACUGAAGAGGACAGUAGAUAUAAGGAUGAAUUGCUGAUUUAUAAAAAGGUCCACGGGAGAAGAGUCACAUAUCUAUGUACCUUCACCGUCUUCAUCGGCGCCUGUAUCGGACUAGCAAAAACAUCGCGUUACUACCAGCUCGUGAUCCUACGAUGUUUGCAAAGCACGGGCAGUGCGAGUACCAUCGCCAUCGGUGCGGGCGUGGUAGGUGAUAUCACGAUCCGCGAGGAGAGAGGGGGGUACAUGGGAUUAUACCAAGCAGCUCUACUUUCCCCCGUAGCCAUCGGACCCAUUCUCGGAGGGAUAUUCUCGCAAACCUUAGGAUGGCGAUCGGUAUUCUGGUUCCUGACGAUAUAUGGCGGAGUAUUCAUCGUCAUCCUCGGAAUCCUCUUACCAGAAACCCUCCGAGCAAUGGUAGGAAACGGCUCCAUACCCGCCAAAGGCCUCUCCAUCUCCCUCCUCUCCUACAUCAAACUCCAUCGAACCUCCACCAGCAGCUCCCCACCCCCCUUACAAAAACCCCCCACCACAACACCACUCACCAAAACCCUACCCGUCGACUUCCUCGGCCCCCUCCGAAUAAUCUGCAGCAUCGAAGUAACCCUCUCCAUCCUCUUCCUCGCCAUCUACUACACCAUCUGGCAAAUGAUAAUCGCCGCCCUCUCCACACUCUUCAAACAAACCUACGCCCUAACCGAGCUCCAAAUCGGGCUCUGCUUCCUCGGCAACGGCCUAGGCUCCAUCAUCGGCACGCUCACUACGGGAAAAUUCCUAGACGUCGACUACCGCCGCUUCAAAACGCGUUUUGGUGGACGAGCCGAGGAUUUUCCCCUGGAGAGGGCGAGGUUGAGAAGUAUCUGGGUCUGGGGACCCCUUCAGAGUGCGGGGGUCCUGGUUUUUGGGUGGACGUUGGAUUAUGGCGUGCAUAUUUCUGUGCCGGUCAUUUGUACUUUUGUGGUUGGGUGGGCGGCGACGAGUAUUCAGAGUAUUAUUACGACGAUGUUGGUGGAUAUCUAUCCGAAAAAGAGUGCGAGUGCUACGGCGGCGUUGAACUUGGUGAGAUGUUUGAUGGGUGCUGGAGGGACGGCCGCUGUCUUGCCUAUUGUUGAUGUUAUUGGUGUUGGUUGGACCUUUACAAUGCUUUCGGGGGUAAUGCUCGUCGGUUUGGGAUUAUUGGUAGUGCAGAUAAAAAAGGGGGUAUCUUGGAGAAAGAGAAGGCUGGCGAAAAAUGCUAUUGGAUCUGGUUCGUGAUGCUUUGAACCACUUCGACAUGUACAAUCUCUUUUAUUUUGAUUACAUCCUCACCUUAAGCCCAAGGCCCACUACUACUUUUUUCGACACUACAUCAGGUGCUCUAAUAUUCGCCCACCCUGUCCACCACCAUUCGUGAUGUAGAACGCAGUAUAACCAUGGACUCCACCAAUACAUAUGGUUUACAAGUAGUCAAUCAUCAUAGCAUGCCUAUACAUAAUCCUACAAUCCU